AUACCAUGAACGCCCUCCGUACCAUUGCCAAGCCUUCUCAUCAGUCUGUCAAGGCCCUUGUAACCCAGCGUGCUUUCCACGCCGGCCAGACCUGUUUUACCGGCAAGACUAUCACAGCUACUUCCAAGGAUUUUGACGAACUUGUGACCAAGGCCAACCAUCCUGUUAUAGUUGACUUUUACGCCGACUGGUGUGGUCCCUGCAAAAUGUUGGGUCCCAUUCUUACAAAGGUUGUUGCCGAGAACCCCGCAGUUACUUUGGUCAAGAUUGAUGUUGACGAAAACACUGAUAUUGCAUCCAAGUACAGAAUUGCUGCCCUCCCAACUGUUAUGGCAUUCAAUGGAGACAAGGUUGUAGAUCAGUUCGUAGGUAUGCGCGGAAAGCCUCAGCUGGAGGAGUUUGUCAAGAAGCAUUCUGAACUUGCUUAAAAAAUAUGUACAAUACAAUACAUGCAUUAUCCUAGUAUUGUCACAACCACAAUUAGUUUCCAAAAUAUUUACAUAUAUAGACGAACAAAUAUAUCUUUUAUUAUUAUUUCAAGAAUUAU